AUGCCCUAUCAUGCGAACUAUUCGAGCUUCACACAAAAUGCAGACAAGAAGGAGGCAUUGCAGUUAGUUUUGGAUCAUUAUGAGAGUUUAAGCACUGAUCAAAGUAAUUGGAUAUGUAACCUGGCAAAUGCUUCGUCACUGCUAUGGUACGCAUACAAAUCAUUGAAUGUAAACGUCAAUUGGACAGGAUUUUACGUCGCGCAGCCCGACCAAGGUGCUCAGAACGAUGAAACACUGUUGCUGGGGCCAUUUCAAGGUAAGGUUGCCUGCCAGACUAUUCCUUUUGGAAAGGGUGUCUGUGGAGCUGCUGCCGCAACGCAGGAAACACAAUUGGUCUCAGACGUGAGCAAGGCCGCAGGCCAUAUAGCCUGUGAUGGAGACACCAAGAGCGAGAUUGUUGUGCCUAUCGUCGAUCCUCAGUCGCGCAAAACGCUGGCGGUGAUCGACAUCGAUUGUGUCGAUCUCAACGGUUUCGAUGAAGUUGAUAAAUUUUAUCUUGAGAAACUGGCGAGACUGAUCUGUACCUCAUGUAAUUUUAAUAGAGUCUAA